UCUGGUGGCGAGGGGCUGGCCGAGGGGCGGCCGGGGGGAGGGCAGAGCCGAGCCGAGCCGUGCCGAGCCGCCCAGAGCCGCGGAGCCGCGACGGGAUACCCCAUGCGGUCCUGAACCGCGCCGGACCGGGCUGACCGAGCCGAGCCGAGCCGCCCCAGCCCAGCAUGGCCCCCUGGCUCUGGCCGUGCCUCCUGGCCGCACAGGCCCUGGCCGCCAACUUUCCCCCCCGGUACAGUCUCUACACUGGAGGGGCUGCCCCGCUCKCCCCCGGCCCGGCGGCGGCCCACAGCGGUGCCCGAGCCGCCAGCCGGCACAGGAAUUGGUGUGCCUACGUGGUGUCACGCAGCGUGAGCUGUGUGGUGGAGGAUGGCGUCGAGAGUUUCAUCAAACCAGACUACCAACCCUGCGCCUGGGGGCAGCUGCAGUGCCCCCGUGUCCUGGCGUACCGCAGCUUCCUCCGGCCCCGCUACAAAGUGUCGCAGCGAACGGUGUCCGAGCUGGUGUGGCGCUGCUGCCAGGGGUACUCGGGUCCGGACUGCACUGAGGGACCCUCUCCAGCGUCCCCCCAGCCCACCGGCCGCCCCCCGGCCCGGCCCGGCCGCCCCCCGCUCUCUGGCUUCGGCAAUCCCCUCAGUGGCAUGGGGGGCGAAGGCGGUGGGGACACGGAGAAGGUGCGGCGGCUGGAGGAGCAGGUUCGGCGGCUGAGCGAGCAGAUAGAGGAGCUGCGGGCCGGGCAGGAGCCGCCCCGGGCGGCGGUGGAGGGACAGCCCGGGGCCGAGCAGCCGGCGGACGCGGCCCCCGCCGAGGUGCGGGAAGCGCUGAGCCACCUCCAGCGGCGGCUGGAGGAGCUGGAGACCCGCCUGCGCCGCACCGAGAGCGGCCGGGAUGGCCCGGGGGGCCCGGGGGUCCCGGGAACGCUGCAGGAGCUGGAGCGGCGGCUGCAGGAGCUGUGCGCCGCAUGCACGGCCGGCACCGAGGGGCUGCGGCGACAGGCGGCCGAGGACCGGGACCGCAUGCGGGCUCUGGAGAAGCUGGUGGGCUCGGUGGACCAGCGCAACAAGGAUGCGGUGGAGUCGGUGCGGCGGCACAUCAGCAGCCUGAGCAGCCGCCUGGCCCCCGCGCCCCCGCCGCCCCCGGACCUGCUCCGCCGCCUGGCCGAGAUCGAGCGGCGGCUGGAGGGGCUGCCGGUGCCGGCGGCGGGGCCGGGGCAGGGACAGGGACAGGGGCAGGGACCGGUGCUGGCGCGGCGGCUGGCUGAGCUGGAGGGGCGGCUGAACGCUUCGCGGGCCGGCCCGUGGCUCUCCGAGCCCGAGGGGCGGCCGGGUGGGCUGCCGGGGCGGUUGGCCAACCUCAGCCGGGCGGUGGAGGGGCUGGCGGCCAGCGGGGCACAGCGCGGAGCUCGCCUGGAGCAGCUGGAGGGGCUGCUGGCCCGCUGUGGCCACCCCUGCCCAGGGGUGCUCGGCCCGCACCUCCCGCAGCCCGAGGACACCGAAGGUUUUUGGGGGGACGGGCUGGCCGGGACCCUUGGGGGGCUCCUGGGGGAGCGGGGCGAGGCGCUGGCCGAGGAGCUGGAGCAGCUCCGCAACCGGACAGGGCGGCUGGAGGCGGCUGUGGGAGAGCUGAGCAGUGAUUCCUGUGCCCGGCCCUGCGCCCCGCUGUCCCCCAAAGAAUCGGAGCAGCUUCAGCCCGCAGAGCCCGGGGAUGUGGAUGCGCCCCUGGAGGGGUUCGGUGUGUUUGGGGGCACGUCACCCUCGGAGCUGCGGGCACUGCAGGGCGAGCUGGCAGCAGCUCUGCGGGCCCUGAGCGGGCUCAACGCCACGGUGGAGGGGCUGCAGGACGCGCUGGACCAGCAGGACACCCGACAGCGACAGCUGAGCGAUGUCACCGACCGCGUGGUGGCCGAGCUGGACCGGGCGGCGGCGGCKGCGGCGGAUCGGCAGGCGGAGAGCGAGGAGCGGCUGGAGGCCUUGGCACGGGAGCUGGCACGGGCAGGGGGCUGCCCGGAGGGGCUGGAGCCACGCGUGGCCAAGCUGGAGGGGGUCUGCGAGCAGCUGGACGCGGUGGCCGGGGGGCUGCGGGGMGUUCGCGAGGGGCUGGGCCGGCAUGUGGCCGGGCUGUGGAGCGCCGUGCGGGACCUGAACGCCACGGCCCGAGCCCAGGCCGCGCUGCUGGACAAAGCGCUGGAGCUGCCGCCGCGGCUGGGCAACCUCAACGCCAGCCUGGGCCACCUCCGCGGGGAGCUGAACCGCCUGGCACAGCUGGAGCGGCACGGUGGACAUGGACAUGGAGGGGUCAGGGGGUGUGGCUGCCGGACAGCGGCUCUUUGGGGUGSCAGAGGGUGGCAGGGGKGRCUCGGGGGUGGAGAAGGCAGCCCCCAGCAGUGCCACAUGCUGCCACCGCGCCCAGGUGAGGUUGGGGAGCCGGGCUCCGUGCCCCGCGUCGCCUUCUCGGCCGCCCUGAGCACGCAGCGCUCGGAGCCGGGCACCGUCCCCUUCGAUCAGGUGCUGCUCAACGACGGCGGUGCCUACGACCCCGAGACGGGCACAUUCACGGUGCCGGUGCCCGGGCGGUACCUGGUGAGCGCCGUGCUGACCGGACACCGGGGCGAGGGGCUGGAGGCCGUCCUGUCCCGCUCCGGCCACGGCAUCGCCCGCCUGGACUCGGCCGGGUUCCAACCCGAGGGGCUGGAGAAGGGCCCGGUGGCCGCACAAGCCCCCAGCCCCGGUGCCCUGGGYGUGUUCAGCCUGCUGCUGCCGCUGGCGGCGGGGGAAACGCUGUGUGUGGAUUUGGUGUCGGGGCGCUUGGCCCACGCCCCCGAUGAGCCCCUGACCGUGUUCAGCGCCGCUCUGCUCUACGAUUCGGACCAGCCCUAGGGGCACWGCCAGGCCGGGGGGUCCCCACGCCCUCCAGGACCCCCAGCCCGUUAUUUAUCAGCACCCGCAGCCCUCGCUGUCCCACCGGCACACGGCCCUGCCCCACACCGCCCAUCCCGACCCCCACGCUGCCCCCCGGCCCCCACCGCCCCCCAAUAAAGAUGCGGCAC